AUGUCCAGCUUGUCAUCCGUGGAGGUCAUCGAACGCAAGCCGCGCAACAUUGCGGUUCAUACAAACCCUGAACACUCCUUACAUCUGGUCGAGUCGGAUGUUCCAAAGCCGGGACCAGAUGACUGUCUAGUCCACGUUCGAGCAACAGGCAUUUGUGGCUCGGACGUGCAUUUCUGGAAGCAUGGCCACAUCGGGGAUAUGGUUGUGUGUGGCGAGAACGGUCUUGGUCACGAGAGUGCCGGUUCUGUCAUUGCUGUUGGUAGCAAUGUCACCAAAUUCAAGCCAGGUGAUCGUGUAGCAUUGGAAUGUGGAAUCCCAUGCUCAAAGCCCUCUUGCGAAUUCUGCAGAAACGGCCAGUACAAUGCUUGCCCAGAUGUGGUCUUUUUCUCAACACCGCCAUAUCACGGCACAUUGCGUCGCUAUCACGUACAUCCGGCUGCGUGGCUUCACCCUCUGCCGGAUAAUCUCAACUUCGAAGAGGGAUCGCUUCUAGAACCACUGUCGGUUGCAUUGGCAGGCAUCGAUCGAUCUAACCUUCGUCUUGGGGAUCCUCUCGUUAUCUGCGGAGCUGGGCCAAUUGGUCUCGUAUCUCUGCUAGCUGCCCACGCCGCUGGUGCUGCACCGAUUGUGAUGACCGAUAUCGACGAGACGCGGUUGAAUCGGGCACGGCAGUAUGUGCCCAGAGUCCGGACGGUGCUCGUUGGCAAGCAAGACCAGCCUAAAGAUGUCGCACAGCGGAUCGUGGAGGCGAUGGGCUCAAAAGCAAAGCUGGUACUUGAGUGUACGGGCGUGGAGAGUAGCAUACACACCGGCAUAUACGCAUCGAAGUUCGGCGGCUCGGUGUUCGUGAUAGGGGUUGGGAAAGACUUUCAGAACAUCCCGUUCAUGCACCUCUCAUCGAACGAGAUUGACCUGCGAUUCCAAUAUCGCUACCACGACACAUAUCCAAGGGCGAAUCGGCUCGUCUCUGAGGGCUUGAUUGACCUUAAACCUCUGGUCACACAUAGGUAUUCGUUGGAGGAAGGUCUGGAGGCAUUCGCGUCGGCUUCGAAUCCAGCGGCAAGGGCGAUCAAGGUGCAGAUUUUGGAUGAUUGA